AUGUCCACCUUCCGACCCAACGACGAGAUUCACUUCAAAGACGACGAAUCAACAGAGGCCCUCCUACCCUUCAACACAACAGAGAAGGAUGACGGACUGACACAGCACAAGUCCAAGCCCUGGCUGUCAUUGUCCUCGCUCAUUAUCCUCAUCCUCGUGGUCGUGAACACUGGUCUGGCUUGCGCGAACAUCCAAGCUACGCAUUCGAACGCUCUUCGUACACUGGCUGUCAUCCCUGCGCAGGACGUCAUGCAACUUAGCAAACCAGACCAAUACUACGGGCUAGGCGAAGCUUCCCGCAAGAAGUUGCUUCACCCGGAGCUCUACGCUGGCGCUAGCGGCUGA